CCUUGUCUUCUAGGCCUUUAAAAGAGGAACCACACCAAACAACUCCCCCACCUUCAUCAUCAUCACAUCCCUCCCAUACAGAGAAUGCAAGCCAAAACCAUCACCAGCCGUCCGAUCGAGACCACCACCUCAUCCCCAAUGGACCCCGGAAUCUGGAGCCGGCUGCCGGGAGAGCUCCUGGAGCGCAUUUUAGCACUCCUCCCUCUGAAAACGCUGCUGGUCCUCCGAUCCACCUGCAAGCAUUUCAACUCUCUCCUCAUCUCCCCAUCUUUCCUCUCCCAAACAAAGGCCCACCUCUUCUCUUCCUUCCUUCUCCUUUCCCACCCUCAAUCCCACCCUCGAUUCCCCCUUUACGACGUCUUCCUUGGCCGCUGGCGCACGUUAGCCCUCACCCUUUCCCUCCCGCCAACUUUCGUUGCCCCUCACCUCAUCUCCACCUCCAACGGCCUUCUUUGCUUCUCCCUCCCAGACUCCUUCCUCAUCGUCAACCUCCUCACCAGAUCAACCAGAACCGUCCAAUUUCCAAACUGCCCCUUCGUAUCCGCCACGCUGAUCGCGGCCCAUCCAUCAGCCUCUUCAUCCCCCAUGUCGCCGCACGGAUUCAAUAUCUUCAUCCUCUGCUCCAAUUCAGCUUUCGUAUACGAUUCCGAGGCCGACAGGUGGACCCGGUUCAACGGCUUCAAUCCGAUUCUGAGCGAGAGCUCUCACCAUGAGGGUGUCGCCCAUAGCGGGUCCCUCUACUUCACGACCCAAGAUCCGUUCUCAAUCGUCGGAUUUGAAUUAGCCACCGGAAGGUGGGACCAGCUCUCGGCCCACCUCCCACCAGGCCUCACGUUCAUCCGGCUAGCCAGCAGCAGCGACAGGAGGCUGUUCUUGGUUGGUGGGGUCGGGCAGGAUGGAAUAUCGAGGAAUCUGAAAGUGUGGGAAUUGGGUGGCGGAGGGAUGCAUUGGGAUGAAAUUGCUACACUGCCGGAGCUGAUGUGUAGGAAAUUCGGGUCGGUCUGCUACCACAAUUACGAGCGGGUGUAUUGUCUGUGGCAUGAUGGGAUGAUCUGUAUAUGCUGCUAUACGUGGGCGGAGAUUCUGGUUUAUAAGGUGGGGAGGAGGACAUGGCAUUGGCUGCCGAAAUGCCCAUUGUUGCCGGAGAAAUCGAGCUGUGGAUUCAGGUGGUUCUCUUUCGCUCCUGAUUUGUAUGCUCUGGUAUGAGAAUUUCAUGAAUUGGGUGUGUUUGGCUGUCAUGUUUCUAUGUUUGUAUAUGAAUGUGAUUUUGUUGGAUUGUAUUUUGUAAAUUCUUCUGUUUGGUUUGAGUAUAUUCCUCUUGAGGAAUUAUUAUAGGAUUUUCCCACCAA